CAUUCCUUGCAGUUUUUACUGUCAAUCCCUCUUUCUCUCGCUGGGAGCUAAACGCUCGUUGGGGCUUCCGUCGGAACACUUCCAAACGACGUUUAGCCCCUUUCAAUCCAAACACACGCCUUUAACUCUCCGCCGAUGACGCUCACACACUUUUUGAGUUGAUCUGAUCGCUUCAUACCUCUUCCUUCUCAUAUUUCCCCGGACACAAUUCCCAUUUUCCAAUUCAGGCUUUCCACUUCUCCACAGAUUCUAACAUCAUACUCUGAACCAGUUUGUUGAAGCGAAUGGAGCUAGAAGAAGCUCCAGUCUUGGAAGAAGAGUCCAAGCUGGAAAUUGAGAUACACAGUGUCUCUAAGGAAUCCGAUGUUCCUCCAAUAAUUGUCAAGUCAGUAUGCGAUUCUGUUUGCCCUUUUUCCAGGGACGAGAACAGUUUGGUGGCGUCCAAGGAGUCAUCGAAAUCAGCAAAGAAACUCUGUGGACUCAUAGCUUUUUAUGCCAUUGUUAUGCUUGUGGAAGCAUUUGGUGGAAUAAAGGCCAACAGCCUAGCUGUUAUCAGCGAUGCGGCACACGUGCUUUCUGAUAUCGGAGGAUUCUGCAUCUCUCUCUUUGCAGUAUGGGCUUCUGGCUGGGAUGCAACACCGCAUCAGUCUUUUGGAUACAAUAGACUUGAGGUUUUGGCUGCACUUUUAUCUGUGCAGAUAAUUUGGGGGAUAUCUGGUUUUUUAGUAUACGAAGCAAUAGGUCGACUUGUGCAUCGCAGCGCCAGGGUGAAUGGAACGCUCAUGUUUGCAAUUGCAGCAUUUGGUUUUGUGUUUAACUUUAUCAUGGUUGUGUGGCUUGGUCAUGAUCAUAGUCAUAGUCAUGACCAUCAUCAUGGUCACAAUCAUAGUCAUCAUCAUCAUCAUCAUGAUUGUGGACACUCGGAUCAUGAUCAUGGGAAGGAGGAACUAGCUAAAGUAACUGAUGAAGAGGACCUUAACCUGCUUUCAAGUAGUCAGAGAAAUCUUAAUGCCUUGAACAUAAAUCUGCAGGGUGCCUAUUUGCAUGUGAUUACAGAUAUGAUUCAAUCUAUCGGAGUGAUGAUUGCUGGAGCCAUAAUAUGGGCUAAACCAGAAUGGUUGGUGGUUGAUCUUAUAUGUACACUCAUAUUCUCUGUUAUAUCUUUGGGAACUACCAUGCCUAUGCUUAGGAGUAUUUGUGGCAUUCUUAUGGAAAGGACACCAAGUGAGAUCAAUGUCAUGAAACUAGAAAAUGACCUCAGAAGUUUGAGGGGGGUGCAAGGUAUUCAUGACCUGCACGUUUGGGCCAUAACAGUUGGAAAAACUGUUCUUUCUUGUCAUGUAGUAGCUGAGUCUGGCAUAAAUUCCAUUGAUUUACUUGGCAGGAUUAGAUAUCAUUGUGAGAAAACGUAUAAAAUACAACAUGUAACCGUACAAAUUGAGUGAGAUUACAUACUUUUUCCUC